GGAAUACUUGGCCUUCUGGACUAUGCAGCCUCUGCCACUGGUCUCCCCAGUGCUCUCAUGUACCUCCCAGGCUCUGAAACUCUCUCUCCUGGCCCCAGCCCUUCUCCCUGAGACAGGUGUCCCCUCUCCCCUUCCCUUGUUGGCAGGGGGGCUCUGCCCCUCAAAGUGGCAGAUGGAGUGAUGCCCUGGAUCCCUAUCCCUCUCUGGCUGCUUUGUGCUUUCUUGUUUAAAAAUGUGCCAGAUUUAUUGGGGAAGUUGCCGCAGUGAGAGGUUUCCGGGUGUUUGGUGGUGCCCUGGAGAAGCCGAGGCGUUCAUGAAGAAAGCUCCUGCCAACGAUGUCUCACGGCUCGCUGGGGAGUGGAGGGGUGUCCAGCCACCUUUGGCUCGUGGCACAGCAUCAAUCCUGCCCAGCUGCUCCACAGGAGGGGUGAACCCACACAUCCCCCUGGCCGAUGAGGGACCCCCAGGGCUGUACACCCCAUGUUUGGAGCCGUUCUCUGCACGCUCGCUGGCACAGCCCUGCCAAAACCACAGCCUUCCUCCUUUGAGUAAUUGUUCAAUUACUGCUUAUGGAGCGUGGGGGCAGCUUGUUCCCUGUCUCUCCCCUUGGCAGGCAGCCAGGUUGUCUGUGUGCACACAGCCUGUACAGUUAUUCCCACUUUCCGUCUCCAAACCCUGCGCCGGGAGCAGCUCGUCGCGCUGGCGAGCCGGGAGCUCGGGUGGGGAGGGCUGGAGCUGCCCCCCCAUCCUCUGCAUGCCCUGGGAUGGGCAGAGGAUGGCAAACAUGGAUCACAGAGGGGGUCAGUGUGCAAAACUCAGUGUGGCAUCUGUCUCAAUGUAGCUUCUGUACCCAAACAUCUGUUAGCAGCAAGAAAACAGUGGGGAAAAAAGGAAAGAGCAUCCCCAGGGGAAUCAGGAGGGCUGGAGGUGCAGGAGGUGUGCCUGGGUGGUCAGUGUGGUUGCCAUCAGCAGGUACCUGAGCCUCGGGCUGGCUGGUUUGGUGGUUUGGGAAGGAUUUGGGAAGGACUUGGCCUCAGCUCAGGUUUCCCUGGUGCCCGUGGGACCCUGUUGGCACCAGAUGCUCCGGAGGCUGAGCAGGACCGGAGGCAGCCUGGCCAUGGCAUGGUGCCCUCACAGCAUCCUCGUGCCUUUUGCACAGGAGCCUCUGCUGCUCCUCGUGCCACAGGAUGCUGGGAGAGGAAACGCUGCAGCCCUGAGCUUCCAGCCCUGCUCCUCACCUUCCUCUGCCCCGAGCUGUGCCUGGCACAGUCUCUGGGGAGCCCCCCUGGGCCAGCAGCACAGUUCCCUAAUUCCAGACUUGGCCACAGCAAUGUUUCUGCUGUAUUUGGUCCAGGUGGAUUUGCACAGAGGAUGCAGAGCUGUCCUAUAGGCUGAGCCAGAGCAGGGGCUCAGAGCAGGGACUCACUUGGGACUGCACUGCCUUGGCAGAGUAUUGCAGAGAUUUCUAGGAUUUUGCUGGUUGGUUUGUUUAUUCUUUUAAUCCCCCAAGAAAUCUCUGAAGAGUCUCAUUUGCAUCCUGCUACAGAAUGGGGGAAAUUUCUUGAGAAAUUUCCUGGGACAAGAAAUUAUCCCGGGUUGGAUGAGGUUUGGAGCAACCUGGGCUAGUGGAAGGUGUCCCUGCCCAUGGCAGGUGUUUGGAAUGGGAUGAGCUUUAAGGUCCUUUCCAACUCAAACCAUUCUAGGAUUCUGUUGGAAACAGCAUUUCCCACCCAGCUGAAGUGUGAGGGCAAGGAGCAAAAAACUAAGAUUUUUUCUUUCCUGUGAAGGGGAAUAUUUAUUUGAAGCCACAUUUCUCAUGUCAAGAGGUGUCUUAUAAAACACAGCAAAAACAACCUGGGGCACCCAAGUCCUUCAGAAAGGAACAGUGUGGCUUGGGGCAGGUGCUGGGGCAGAGCUGGCAGUUCCUUCCCUUGACUGGCUGGUGGAUUUUGGAGCUGGAUUUUGGAAUGGGAAGGAGGGAUGUCUCAGCUUUCAGGCCAAGCCCAGCAGUUGCCACAUGCCGUGGGGAUCGGAGAGAGCUGCCUGUGCCCGACUGCCCAUGGUGCAGGUCGAGUUCUACGUGAAUGAAAACACCUUCAAGGAGCGGCUGAAGCUCUUCUUCAUCAAAAACCAGCGAUCCAGCCUGAGGAUCCGGCUCUUCAACUUCUCCCUGAAGCUGCUCACGUGCCUCCUGUACAUCGUCCGUGUCCUGCUCGACAACCCCGAGGAGGGCAUAGGCUGCUGGGAAUGUGAAAAGCAGAAUUACACAGCAUUUAACCAGUCCACGAACAUAAACUGGUCACACAUCUUCUGGGUGGACAGAAAAACACCACUGUGGGCUGUGCAGGUCAGCAUCGCUCUCAUCAGCUUUCUGGAGACCAUGCUGCUCAUCUAUCUCAGCUACAAGGGGAACAUCUGGGAGCAGAUUUUUCGCAUUUCCUUCAUCCUUGAGAUGAUCAACACGGUGCCGUUUAUUAUCACGAUAUUCUGGCCUCCUCUGCGGAAUUUGUUCAUUCCCGUGUUUCUGAACUGCUGGCUGGCCAAGUAUGCCCUGGAGAACAUGAUAAACGACCUGCACCGAGCCAUCCAAAGGACCCAGUCCGCGAUGUUUAACCAGGUGCUCAUUCUGAUCUGCACCCUCCUGUGUCUCGUUUUCACGGGGACCUGUGGCAUCCAGCAUUUAGAAAGAGCGGGUGAGAAGCUCUCCCUCUUCAAGUCCUUCUAUUUCUGCAUCGUCACCUUUUCCACCGUGGGCUACGGAGAUGUGACACCAAAGAUCUGGCCCUCCCAGCUCCUCGUCGUCAUCAUGAUCUGCGUCGCCCUGGUCGUGCUGCCGCUCCAGUUCGAGGAGCUCGUCUACCUGUGGAUGGAGCGGCAGAAGUCGGGCGGCAACUACAGCCGGCACCGCGCCCAGACGGAGAAACACGUCGUGCUCUGCGUCAGCUCCCUCAAGAUUGAUCUCCUCAUGGACUUCCUCAACGAGUUCUAUGCCCACCCACGCCUGCAGGAUUACUACGUGGUGAUCCUUUGCCCAACAGAGAUGGACAUCCAGGUGCGGCGGGUCCUGCAGAUCCCUCUGUGGUCGCAGCGAGUGAUCUACCUCCAGGGCUCUGCACUGAAGGACCAGGACCUCAUGAGAGCCAAGAUGGACAAUGGAGAAGCCUGUUUCAUCCUCAGCAGCCGGAACGAGGUGGACCGGACUGCAGCGGACCACCAGACCAUCCUGAGGGCCUGGGCUGUCAAAGACUUCGCUCCAAACUGCCCCCUCUAUGUUCAGAUCUUAAAGCCAGAAAACAAAUUUCAUGUCAAGUUUGCAGAUCACGUUGUCUGUGAAGAGGAGUGCAAAUACGCCAUGCUGGCACUGAACUGCGUCUGCCCUGCCACCUCCACCCUCAUCACGCUGCUGGUGCACACCUCCCGUGGCCAGGAGGGCCAGGAGUCCCCGGAGCAGUGGCAGCGGAUGUACGGGCGCUGCUCGGGCAAUGAGGUCUAUCACAUCCGCAUGGGAGACAGCAAGUUCUUCAUGGAGUACGAGGGGAAGAGCUUCACCUACGCCGCCUUCCACGCGCACAAGAAGUACGGCGUGUGCCUGAUCGGCAUCCGGAGGGAGGAGAACAAGAGCAUCCUGCUGAACCCCGGCCCCCGGCACAUCAUGGCAGCGUCCGACACCUGCUUCUACAUCAACAUCACCAAGGAGGAGAACUCUGCCUUCAUCUUCAAGCAGGAGGAGAAGCAGAAGAAGAAGGGCUUUGCGGGGAGGGGCAGCUACGACGGCCCGUCCCGCCUGCCCGUGCACAGCAUCAUCGCCAGCAUGGGUACAGUGGCCAUGGACCUGCAGAACACGGAAUGUCGCCCUGCCAACAGCAGCAAACUGACUCUGCCAGCCGAGAACGGCUCCGGGAACCGCCGGCCCAGCAUCGCCCCCGUCCUGGAGCUGGCAGACACCUCGUCCCUGCUGCCCUGCGACCUGCUCAGCGACCAGUCCGAGGACGAGAUGACACAGUCAGACGAGGAGGGGUCGGCAGUUGUGGAGUAUGUGAAGGGUUACCCCCCAAACUCCCCCUACAUUGGGAGCUCCCCAACUCUGUGCCACCUUUUGCCUGAGAAAGCCCCGUUCUGCUGCCUGAGGCUGGACAAGGGCUGCAAGCACAACAGCUUUGAGGAUGCCAAAGCCUACGGGUUCAAGAACAAACUGAUCAUCGUUUCGGCAGAGACGGCGGGGAACGGGCUGUACAACUUCAUCGUGCCCCUCCGGGCCUACUAUCGGUCCCGCAAAGAGCUGAACCCCAUCGUGCUGCUGCUGGACAACAAGCCUGAGCACCACUUUCUGGAAGCCAUUUGUUGUUUCCCCAUGGUUUACUACAUGGAGGGCACCAUCGACAACCUGGACAGCUUGCUGCAGUGCGGCAUCAUCUACGCCGACAACUUGGUGGUGGUGGACAAGGAGAGCACCAUGAGCGCCGAGGAGGACUACAUGGCAGAUGCAAAGACCAUUGUCAAUGUCCAGACCAUGUUCAGGCUCUUCCCCAGCCUCAGCAUUAUCACAGAGCUGACCCACCCCUCCAACAUGAGGUUCAUGCAGUUCAGAGCAAAGGACAGCUACUCUCUUGCCCUUUCCAAACUAGAAAAGAGAGAGAGAGAGAACGGCUCCAACCUGGCCUUCAUGUUCCGGCUGCCCUUCGCAGCCGGGAGGGUUUUCAGCAUCAGCAUGUUGGACACGCUGCUCUACCAGUCGUUCGUGAAGGAUUACAUGAUCACCAUCACCCGGUUGCUGCUGGGCCUUGACACCACGCCAGGCUCUGGAUACCUCUGUGCUAUGAAGAUCACCGAGGAUGACCUGUGGAUCCGGACGUACGGCCGCCUCUUCCAGAAGCUCUGCUCCUCCAGUGCGGAGAUUCCCAUUGGGAUUUACAGGACGGAGUCGCACAUGUUCGCCACCUCCGAGCCCCACGACAUCAGAGCGCAGUCACAGAUCUCAAUCAAUGUUGAGGACUGCGAGGACACCAAGGACAUCAAGGAGCACUGGGGGAUCAAGACGAGCCACCACAGGAACUCGUGCUCCAGCGACCAGUCGGAGCAUCCCCUGCUGCGGCGCAAGAGCAUGCAGUGGGCCCGGCGGCUGAGCAGGAAGGGCAACAAGCACUCCAGCAAGACGGCCGAGUGGAUCAGCCAGCAGCGCCUGAGCCUGUACCGGCGCUCCGAGCGCCAGGAGCUGUCCGAGCUCGUCAAGAACCGUAUGAAGCACCUGGGCCUGCCCACCACCGGGUACGAGGAUGUAGCAAAUUUAACAGCCAGUGAUGUGAUGAAUCGGGUAAACCUGGGAUAUUUGCAAGAUGAGAUGAACGACCACCAGAACACCCUGUCCUACGUCCUGAUCAACCCUCCCCCGGACACGCGGCUGGAGCUCAACGACAUCGUGUACCUGAUCCGCUCCGACCCGCUGGCCCACGUGGCCAACGACGGCCACAGCCGCAAGAGCAGCUGCAGCAACAAGCUGGGCUCCAGCAACCCCGAAACGCGCGACGAGACCCAGCUGUGAGCGGCCCCCCCGCGCCCAGAGCCCCUGCCAGGGCCGCAGGGCUCCGGGACAGGCGGCGGAGAAGAGGACGGGGCAGCCGGGGGGGCCGGAGGAAGGCCAUGCCCAGCCUGGAAGGCCAUGCCCAGCCUGGCUCUGCGCCGUGGGAGGGACGCCCGGAGCCCCGGGAGGGGCGGGACAGCCGGACAGACCCACGGCUGGACAGAGCCACAGCCGGACAGACCCAUGGCCGGACAGACCCCCAGCCGGCGGCAGCGCCCCGUGGAUUUUAACUUUUUAUACCGAUACCGCAACUAGUGAGCGAGUCGGCGCGGGGCCGGGGGGACGCGGCCGAGCCCGGUGCCCCCGCGGAGCAGGGCUGGGUUUGGUGUCGCCCCACAAGGGGCACGUCGGGUGGGGCUGGUCAAUGCGAGAGCAAAGCUGCACCGAAACCCUCCUCCUCCUUCACCGGGUGUCCCCCCGGGUCCCCAAAGUUGUGCCCUUUCACCCCAGCUCAUGUUCGUUGCCCUCCGCUGGGUUUCUGUGCCGGGUGUCCACGCGAGGAGCGCUCAGAGCUGUGCUGGGAAGGACCCAGGGGUGCCGUGGGAUGGAUGGGAUGGGGCAGUGCAGCCCCCACCGGUGCCGUGGCAGGGGCUGCUCUGCCUCCAGCACUUUGUGUCAUCUCACAAACCAAAACACGCCGAGCCCGGGUGACCAAAGCCGUGCCAUCCCCACGGCAGUGCCUCCUGGCACACGUGCCCAGCCUGAGCCCUGGCUACAGGCACGGUGCCCCUGGGUUUGUGUCCCCUGUUGCUGCUGCUGCUGCCGGGGGGGAUUUGGGGAUCCUUGUCCUGGGGGUGGGAUGGGGCAGAGUGCCCAGGCCCACACAUCACUGGCUGUGGUGGUUUGAUGUCUCAGCUCAGCCCUUUCCCCUCCAUCCAGGAGCAGUUUGGGCUCCAACCCUUCCUUUUGUCCCCAUCAUGGCUUUUUAUCCUUCCCCUCCCUGAAGUCACAGAUCAAUAACACCACUAAGGCAGCAGGUUCUGCCUGUCCCCCCCCCCCCAUGACCCCCCAGCAGCUCCAGCCAUCCCUGUUUGACUUUAUCCCCCCAUCCCCGUGGCUUUGCCUGCAGCAGAGGUGCAUGAACGUCCAGCAUCGCCCACCCGUGGGGACCCGGUGGCAGCGGAGGCACCAAAUGUGUUUUCCAUCUAUUUUUGCACAUGUGGAAAGGGUUUAUUUGCCUGCCAAGCCACUGACCGAGGCAGGGUUAACUUUAUAUACUUUUGUGUUCAUAUCUUCAAACUCCAACGUGGUGGGUUUUUUUGUUUGUUUGUUUUUUAACAAGAAGCCUGGAAAGCACAACAUGGCCGUGAAAUCCCAUCAGCAUCCAACUGAACGGUUUGUUGCCAUUAACAUCCACUGUUUGCUCCCCAGGACACCCCAACUAAAUGUUUACAGGAAAAAAAAAAAAAACAAAAGAAGCCAAAACCUGCUUAAAAUGACAGUUUUUAACAGUUGGGGGGAGAUGCCCUGGGGCAGCCCCAGCCCACGGGGAUGUGCUGCCCGUCCUGCCCGUGGCACUGGGGGAGAACUGGGGAUGCCCAGAGCAGGACCUGUGCCAAGGUAGGACCAUGAGAAGGUGUUGAGAGAGACCUGCCGUGCCUGGAUGGGGGUUUUGGGGUCCGUUUUUUUAUUAUUUAUUGUUGUUUUUUCCUGAAGUGCUGGUCAGGAGGCCCUGGGUGAUGGCACAUCCCAGGCUUGGAGAGGCACCACAGGGAAAAGCAGAGUCCAACCUUCCUGCUCCACUGAGCUCUGGGCACAAACAGAACUGUCUCUAGUGGUUUUUUUGGGGGGUUGUUUUAUUGCCUUUUUUUUUUCCUUUUUUUUUCAAUUAUUAAUUUUGUAUCUAUUUGGUUAAGGCGGAUUUUUGUUUUAUUUAUUUCUGCUUGUAAUUUCACGUACCAAAUCUGUCACUUCAAAUGGAAAAAAAAAGGGUUAAAAAGUGGGAGGGGUUGAAGUACUAAAACACACGCUGGCUCUGUGUUAAUGUAAAGCCUCAAGAUGCUCAGAUCACCCCAAAAAUGCCUCGUUGAGCAUUUAUAUAUUAAAUUGCCUACAUUUGAGACAGAGCAUUUUCCAAACCCCACUUUUUCAAGGGACAGUGGAACAAAGCAGGGUUACAGGUUUAAAAAGAAGCCCAGAUCCCAAAUAAAAUAACAGAUGUGAUUAUCUGCAUGUGUUUACUCGGAAUAUAUGAUUUUUAAGUGGGUAUUUUUGUUUGACUGGCUGCUGGGGGGCAGGACGGGGUGAGCACAGUGUUGGUGGGUGUGGAGAAGCAAACAGAGCUCCUCAGCUAAACCCUCUCAUUUCAAGGCACUUAAAUUCCUUAAAAAAACCCCUUAAAUUACUUUAAAUUUCACUCCCCAGCCCCAAGCAGCCAGGUCAGCCACGUGGCCCAGUCCCUGUUCCAGAGGCUCCAUCGGAGUGUUGGGUCCCUCUCCUCCCUCACCAGGCACACGAGGUCCUUCCUAACCCUUAAUCCCAGGAAAUAAUCAACCUCAGAGGAAGCCACAAACCAAAAGGACUAAAGGCUCUCCAUGGUUUGUGAUCCUCCCCAAACACCCUCAAUAUUCCCAUAUUUUGGCGAUGGCCAGUGUAUAAACCCCUGGAUUCCAGGCUCCCCGUUCCGCAGGGUCGUUCUUCCUACGGUGUAAAAUUCCAGCCCAACUCCUCCUGGGAUGGAGGAACAACCCCCUGUAGAUAUUCACCCACGGGCAAGGCAAGUCUGAGAACCGAGGGUUCUUUUUUUUUUUUCUAGUUCUUUAGCCUCAGUUACAAUACUAAUGUAAAAAACAGAAGUAUUUUAUUUUUUUAAUGGAGCAGCGACAGGAGUCGUUUCUGUCUGGGACAGGAGCACAAGGACCUUCCGUGGAUGGUUGUUGCUUUCAACCACUUGGAAAAAAACCUGAUUUUCGGAAGGCAAUAGUUGUGCUCCAGUGCAGAGGCAGGACAGGCCCUGGGGAGCUGCAGAAACGAGGACAGCUGGGAUCUUUUGGGUUUUCCAGCAGCAUGUUACGUGUCCACUAACGCCCGAUACGCUCAAUAUGGACUAAAUCCAUAUAUCCUGCAUUAAAUAUUACAGGUAUAUUUAUUUCCUGUUAUACCCCUUUUUAUUUAAUCUCUCUAGAACCUGACGUUUGUAUUCCAAGGUCGGCUCCUGCAUGGAAUUUUUUAGCAGCAACAAGCAGGUGAAACUCCCGUCUUUCCUCUCGGAGACCGAAUUUUGGGAGCUGUUCCGGGACGCAGCCAAGGGGAGAGGGUUUUGUACAAUUAUUGUGAAGAUGCUUCACAUUUCUGUAAAGAUAAAUGAAAAUAAAAGAGCUGCAUGCAGCAACAGGA